AUGUUCCGCAACUCUUACGACUCGGACAACACCACCUUCUCCCCACAGGGAAAGUUGCAUCAGGUUGAAUAUGCCCUCGAAGCCGUCAAGCAGGGUUCGGCAGCUAUCGGUCUGAGGUCGAAGACGCACGCUAUUCUCUUGACGCUCAAGAGGUCAACCGGCGAGCUGGCGACUUACCAAAAGAAGCUGAUCCGCAUCGACGAUCACGUCGGAAUCGCUAUUGCGGGUCUUACCAGCGAUGCCAGGGUCCUCAGCAACUUCAUGCGCCAGCAAGCCAUGUCGUCAAGGAUGCUGUACGGCCGCCCCAUCCCCGUCGCUCGGAUCAUGCAGGGUAUCGCAGACAAGGCUCAGAACAAUACCCAGCAGUACGGUCGUCGGCCUUACGGAGUCGGCUUCCUCGUUAUCGGUGAAGACGAGACGGGACCUCACCUGUUCGAAUUCUCCCCUUCCGGCACGUCCUUCGAGUACUAUGCCCACUCGAUCGGCGCGCGGAGUCAAAGCGCCAAGACGUACCUGGAGACCAACUUUGAGUCGUUUGAAGACGCCGACCUCCCCACUUUGAUCAACCACGGCCUCACCGCCCUGCACGACACCCUCCAGCAAGACAAGCACCUCUCCAACCUCAACACCUCCAUCGCCAUCAUCGGUCCACCCGCCCCCGCCGCCGAAGGCGAAGACAACGUCUCGUCUUCCGGAGCCGCCAAGCGCGGAUCCUUCCGGACAUGGGAGAAUGCCGAGAUUGAGGGUCUGCUCCGUGCGUGGCGGCGCAGCAGGGGCGAGCCGGAGGAAGGGCCGCAGGAGGCUGAAGAGGCCGAGAGGCUCAAGCGGGAUCAAGAGACCCAUGCAGGUGCGGGCGGUGUGGGGGUGCCAGCUGCUGCUGGGGGCGAGGCGGAGGGUGAGGGUGCGGCUUCGGGCGCGAGUGCAGGAGCGGCUGGUGGUGCGCCGGCGCCAGCGGCGGGGUCAGAGGAUGUGAACAUGGAAUAA